UCAGAUGAGGCAUUGCCAGCUUUUGUUCAGCUUGUGUUGCUAGAUUCUGUCACACAGUAUUAUCUGAAGGAUGAUAUAGUUAUAGUUGACCUGAAAAUGUUGCAAAUUUGGUGAAUAAAAUCUUAAAGGUUUGGUUAUAUUGGCAUACAAGCAAUUAUUUCUUUCACCACUGAAAGAACCAGUGCAAUUUAAUGUGAAAAUAAUAUCCUGGUAGACUUUUGAAUGGAAAAUGAACAACAGCAGAAGUCACAGUCUGUUCAUAAUCCCAUUGUCAACAACAUAAACACAACUGGAUUGUGAGCUGUAACAAUACUCUCACCAGCCACAUGAGGGUAAAGGUACAUUCACGUCCAGUAGCCUACUGUAAAUGUAAUCCAUUUUUAACUCUGGAUUCAGGUGACAAACUAAGCAUUGGUGACCAUAAUAGACAAUUAAAAAGAGCCCACCUUGUGCGAGCUUGAAUUUCCCUUUCUUCUGUAGGAGAAUCAUCCAUCACUAUCGCAUCCGUGCUUUCUCCAAUCAUCGAGCAAGCCUCCAUCUCCUGAUUCCGCCUUCAACUGCAGUCCCAAACAAGGCAAUUAGAAAAUGUGCUGUAGUUUAAAUCUGGGUUAACCUCGCAGCUCCACACCUGCCCAGCUUUGGUCCACGAGGAUCAAAGCUCUGGGCUUGUUUCCGAGGUUGCUACUACACAGUAGCACCGGGGCUGUUUGGGUUAAUCUGCCUCGAGCUGCGCGCUGAUUGGCGGAGGCUCGAUGAUGCUGAGGACGCUGCCUGGUCGCUGUCCAACCGGCCGCGGUGCUGGAGCUGAGAGUGACGGAGAGGGUGAGCAUCAGUGAGGGCAUCAUUGGCUCUGAUGUUGGCAAGUGGACGUUAUCAAGGUGUAGAGAUAAUGACGCUGGGUUCAAUUUAGACACGCUCCCACAAUCAGCUUCUUAUUGUGUUUAGUAACAUUAAAUACAACUGUGAGUGCGCCACGUGUAACUGAUGGAGUGAGUUCAAGGAAAUGCUGCUACCUCCAGAUACCUUUAAUUCACUUAAUCUUAAUGUGUAAAGGUCACCAAUGAGACGUUAUUGCUAGCUAUCAAACUUCCUUUCCCUGACUUGUCUGAGCUCAUGCGCAGUGAGGGCAGACAAGGCAGGGAAGAACCAAUAACUUUGUUCAGAUCCCAAAUACAGUAAUCUUAGCACAGAAUAACUUCUCCUAUAGGAUCAGCUGAGCUAAACCUGCACUGGAACUUCUGAAUUUGUCUUGUCUCUCUGAGAAGACAUCUUGAGCUCUGCAUUUUGAUGAUCCCUUAAUCAUAUUAUAAAGAUCACUGUCUGAUGAGCCACCAUACAAAAAAUACCGUUAAACACCAGUGGUUUUGUUUUGCCAAACAUGGACUCUAAACUAGGUGACUUAUUUUGUGUUAUAAUAAGGGAUGCACUGAUCCGAUAUUUGGAUCAGAUAUCGGCUCCGAUAUCGACAAAUUAACUGGAUCGGAUAUUGGAUGAAUGUUGCCGAUCCAGCUUUUCGAUCCAGUUUUUCUUUUUUCUUUUAAUUGAUUUUUCCUUUAAUGCAUGGAAGUCUUACCUCUUUUUGCUGUGUGCUAAUGUUAUAUGUGCAAUUUGUUAUUUGUUGAUAAAUAAUACUAACCCUCCCCCUGUGUUAGGGUCUGCACCGACCCGUUUUUGUUUUUUAAAUACUUAAAAGAACCACUUAUGUUAGCUUUUUUGCAUCAAGACUUUUUGACUUUGUCAGGAACCUCUAUUUUAACAAAAUAACAAUUAAAAAAAUUAAAUUGAAUAAAAUUCUCUUAUUAAAAUGAUGGCACUUGUUGUGUUAGGGUCGCUGUUGACCCAGUUAGAUCAAUAUCUAAUAAUCAGAGCAAAAACUGAAAUAAUAUGUGCACUGUCAGGCACCACACUGAAAGUCAGAUCCUUUUCCAAUCAUGUGAGAUUUAGGAAAUUCUCAUUUUGUCAUGUUUUUCCCUGCACAAAAACAAUGUUGGGCAUGUCCCGAUCAUAGACUGUAUGUAGAGACUAUACUGUAUAUACAGUUUAUGGUCCAGACAUGUCAGAUCAAUUCAGUAUAGAUGUCUGUGUGAGGGGUAUACUAAAAAAGAAAAGCCCAGAGGACCACAACAAAAACUAUUAUAAGCAAUAUUUUCAUGGCUAAUGAAGCCUAACAAGGUAACCUAGAGAUGAGAACCAAAUUGGAUGAUAGAGAAAUGUUUUUAGUGUAAUUUACAGCUGAUUUAAGACACGGGUCAAAACUGACCCUUAACAUGCUGGGUGUGUAGUUAAAGCUAACACAGGAGGAAGGUUUAGUAAAUUUAUACUUGUGUUAAUUUGUACUUUUUUUUAAACAAGGCUAAUGUCAGGCCUGAUGCCUUCACUCACAGAGCAAGGUAUACAGUUCAUUCAUUCAACAGUAGUAUUGGAUCAGUAUCAGAUAUCGGCCGACACCCCCAGCCCAAGUAUUGGUAUCAGAUUAGAUCGGAAAAAAUGGAUCGGUGCAUCUCUAGUUAUAAUUAUAAGGAUAUGCGAACUUUUCAAUUGCUAUAAUUGGCAUGCACACUGUGUAUGAGACAUGAGUGCUUUCAUGUUGUUUCAGCAACUUCUUGUGUAAUACACACCCAACAAAGAAAAAAGGUCAAUAUAUAAUGGAGAUGAUUCAGUUUGUACCAAUAGGGAUGGGACCUGAAGCUUGUAGUGCUAAAGUGUGUGGACUGAAUAUACUUUACAAGCCUAUGAGCAUAUUACAGCACACAUGUUACCACUUAACACAUGAGAACAAUAUGUUAAAUGGUACCAACUGUAUAAUGUAGUUUGCAGCAGGUGGAGCUAUUUUUAAGUUUUAAGCCUUAAAACUAACUAAGAGGUGGAUUGUGCAAAAGCAAGAACAAAGGGGAUUUCUUUAGAUAAGUUAAAUACAACACAACUCUGAUAUUAGAUUUUACCAGCUUUAAACUUUUCGUACACAAUAAUUGGUGUGGUUUGAAAAAAUUCUUGCUACUCUAGACAAAAAGAGAGCACAGCAAGAGCAAGAAAACCUGAUGUAACUUUACUUAUAAAUAAGUGGAGUGAGAGCCAGCCAAAGCCAGCCGAGUGAAAUGAAAGUAGAAACUGUGACAGAGCAGACCUCUGUGACUUGCUGCUAAUGAGGCGGCCGCUGGUCUGGCUCUGGUUCUAAAUAUGAAUCAUGGCACUGGGAUCUUGUGUUGGGGGGGGCCAGGUUUGGGGUUAGAAAAGGAAAUGAUUUAUUGUUGGAGGAGCAGAGACCAGGGUAAGGAGGGUGUGAGCAGAAAUCAAAUUGUACUUCAUAAGAGAAACAAAGACAGUGGAGCAGGAUAUCUUUAUUUUCAUCUGGAUAAUGCAGCCUAAUUUUUAUCUGCUAAAGCUUCUGUGAGUCAUCACGCUUCAAACUGGUUCAUACAUAAUAAAUUGGGUCAAUGGAGUGUCUGGGCUGACUGAUUCAGAGCUAUUGGAUGAGAUAGUCAAUAAGAACUACUCUCUUUAUUUUAGAGGGUUUAAUGCUUUGUCAUUUCUUUUCAAAGGAAGCGGCUGAAAUCUAAGAUAAACAUUUAAUCUGGCUUUUUGUAGUCGGAGUGAUUCUGUGCCUCUGAAUCAAACAAGUCCUGCUGUGGUCGGGGUUGGCAUGGAGUUUAGUGAACAGCCUGUGCUGCAGCUGACAUGGAUAAUGACUUGUUGACUUCAGACACUGAUUAACCAACACUGUUUGGCUUCCCGGCCUACCACACACACACACACACACACACAGGGGCAAGAAGAAGAAAAAAAAACACUCACAUACACAUGUAUCCAGAGCCUGGUUAAAACACACUGUGCACCAGAGCCAUGGAUAAUGAGAGGCUGGCUUCUGGCUGGUACUGAGGUGACAGCUGUGGUAAUUUCCUGUGGCAGAUCUGUGCUUAGUGGACAGUGAUGGGAAGGGAAACGCUUCAUUAACACUACAGUACUGCUUCGAGAUCCCUGAAACAACACAACACAGUCAGAUAGAUUUAAAAAAACAGCUAUAGGAGUGCACCAUAAAAGUCUGUGUGGAAACUAAGAGUGCAAUAAUGUGCUUCUGUAAAAUUUCUUUUAACUCUAAUAAAUACAUUCUUGCUUGGGUUAGAGUGGAGGAGGUAUUUUACUGCCACCUUGUGGAUAGAUUGUGAACAUGUUACCCCCUUUUAUCACUGAUAUCAUGAUCCCAGUUUUAGGUUUAUGUAAAAAAAAAAAGUAAGAAUAGCUCUUUCAAUCAAUAUUUUAGUUCAUGACAAACACAUAAGAUAGGUUAAGUCAAGACCUUUUGUAAUAAAAAGUGAUAAAUAGUCCUGUAGUGUAAAAUAAAAGCCCUUCAACAGGUUUGUUUGUUAUUCAUCAUAUUGUAUGUUUGUUUCUGUAACCCAACAUAUGAACUCAUUGCACUGCUCUAACUUUUUAAGUAAUAAUAGUCACAAAUAUGAAGUAUCACGUAUAUUGCUAUUUGACCUUUCAGUUCAUUUGCUCAAACAAGGCCCCCACAGAAAGAUAACAGUUGUAAAUAACAUCUGCGUCACGCGCAUUAACACGCGCACCGAGUGCCAACAUGAAGUCGCGAGCUCUCCUGCGAGGUUGUUCUGUGGGUGUAAAGUUACGAGUGGACAGGACACACCUCUAGAGGGAGUUCCCGGGGAGGUGGAAACAAGGAGCUUGAUCACUUCUCCUUUCACUUGGACUGAGCGGCGGUGAUUCCAGUCUGCCCUGCGGCCGUGUGAGUGUGUGUCUGCCCGGCUGCAGAAAUAGUAGGGGUGCCACGCGAGAAAAAAUGCCCGCAAUGGGCAACUCUUUACGCGCGGCUGCCCUCCUGGCUUUUGUGGUCCUUUCUAUCCUGGUGUCUCUCCUGAUCAGUAGCGUGCAGCAGUUUGGAGGCAGGAUAGCUCACUUUCCCAACGCAACUGUUGCUGGGGAUGAGUUUGCGUCGCUCCGUGGGGCGUUGAUUUACCAACUCAACGAGAGGCGCAAAGAAAUCCUACCUCUUCUUGUACCUCAUGAGGAUGAAAAGGAACUCGAUAAACCUCUCCUGGACUCAAAUUUGGAUUACAGUCUGUGGAAUGAGAUCUCACAGGGAUCCAGGAAAGCGCAUAUGGAUGAACUGGGUUGUGAUUCUCUCGUGGACAUGCAGGCGGUGGAGGUCCUCGGGUCUGGAUACACCAAGCUGGUUGUCAAAGUGAAUCUCGCCGGCGGUCAGCAUGUGGCGUUAAAACUCGUGAAUGAAAAAGGGAUUGACAUGGGAAAGUGCGUGGAGGAUUUUGGAGAUCCCACAGGCUGCCGGGAACUCGUGUCUUACAAGUUAAAGAAAGAAAUCGUCCUUUUGCAGCGGCUGCAGCAUCCAAAUGUCAUCAGGGUAAGAUAAUCUCUGUGUGCACAUAUUUCAAAACUUUGUACACUCAGAAAAGUUAAAGUUAAGGUGAAAAAGCAAAGCAAGGGCAACAAUUUAAACUUUAAGAGCAAAUGAAACUACAGUUCAAUGGUAGACACCGGAAUAACUGCUGGGAUAUUAUUAAAAUCUUCCAUAAUCCAUGUACUGCAGCUCACAUUUUCCUUUGUCUCACACACACUAAGCUGGAAGAAAAAGCCCCAUUGGCUCUGUAGGACCUUCCCAUGUAAUUAAAUUAAAUUCACUGACCCUCUCCUGACCUUUGGGUCCAGUUUGGAGAGAGCAGACAAUGUGCCUCUGUCCUCUUCACUAUCCCUGCAUCCAUCUGAAACCCCCAGCGCUUAUUCACUCAACCCAUUACAGCCCAAUUUAGAGCUAGUUAAAGUUAAACGCAUUAGUUUGAUUCUCCUGUGUAGCAGUCCUGUGAUUGUAGUGCAUUCGACAGCUGGAUCGAUUAAUUUUUAUAAGUGUACAGAGCAAAUUCCCCCACAGGCUGAUGUGAUUUUACUGUCUGAGCUGCAGAGAGAGGGUUGGAAGAACAUAAUGUCCUCUGGAUUUACUUUCUUAGCCUGUGUUUUUCCCUAACUUCAGCAGACUUAAAAUGCUGUUUCUAACCACUUUUUUUUUCCCCUUCACAGCUGAAAGGUCACUGUGCAGGAGACAUGGGAGGAAAAGGAGGAGAGGGAGGGAGAGUCGCAGUCAUUCUGGAGCAGGGGACUCCUCUCCAGAUGAUCCAGCUGCUGCAGAGUCCUUGGGAGGACCGAUUCAGGGUGUGCAUGUCACUUUUAGACUUUGAUUUCUCUUUUUUUUAAUACACUUAACAUAGGGUCUGAACAUUUCAUUUACACACAUAUAUGACAUAUGCUUGUGGGUGUGAGUCCUUGUUUCUGGUAGGAAGAUAAGAGGAGGCAGAAAUUUGAAACUCCCGGAGGUCCAACAUCUGUCCCUCUGUGUAUUUGAUCAGGCCGGUUCAGGAAUGGAGAUGGGUCCUGGAGUUAAUCCACUGCAGGCUAGGAAUGUCAUGUCAUCUCCUACACACAGACUGAAUUCACACCCCACUGAUCCAAAUGUGUAGAUGUGCGUGCAUGUGUGCCGUCAUGCAUGGAUGUGUCUGAAAGAGAGUGAAAGAAAAGCUGAGAGAGGAAUAAAUACUGAGAGCAUGCAUGCUUUGUUCCAGGAUAAGAAAAAGUAACAUCCCAGUCUAGCCAGUAUCUUCUCAUUUUGCUGCAUCACCCAAAUAGGUGUUCAUAAUCCCUCUGCCCCUGGAGCUGCUGGGCCCCCUUUUCAGCUACAUUGCAUCUGUGCAGGCUACAGUAAUCCAGGGGGUGUUCGGUUUCAGCCGUCCCUGUUAUUACAGAGCUUCGAUCCCCACCAAGUGACGUCCAAGAGACCCGAGCAUUACCUAAUACUGCAGCUAUGUUUGUGUGUUAGUAGUGUGACAGAAUUAUUUCGUGCUCCGUCGGUGCGAGGCUGAUGCCUUUCUUUGACUUAAGUAGCCGACUUAUUUUCUCUCUCUGUUUUCGGAUUUACAGAGUACUACCAAAAAGUCUCAGGAAACUGUUUCAGGAUGCGGUUAGUUGAGUGUCUCAAAAGCAGAUGAGAUGGUGUUUUUGCCAGACUGAGGGUUUUUAUAUUUUACCAGUUCAACUAUAAAACAAAUCUUAAUUACAAUGUUGCACAUGUUCUUUUUCUAGCUGAAGCUGCUUUUUUUGUCGAAUCUGUUUGAAGAAGUGGCAGAGGCUUGAGUAUACCAAAGAUAUAUAUUUUUUAAAUUAUAUAAAAACUGAACUAAACUGCGGAGGCACAAGAAGGGCGACAACUAUCAAAUUACCCUUUAAUUUUAAUCUUUAAAGGUACAGUGUGUAGCAUUUAGUGGUGUUCAGCAAAACACACUCAAUGGAAAUUGAGUAAAAUAUUCCUAAGUAUGUUUGAAUUUGUGUUUCUACUGAGUUAAAAUAAGCCAAAACAAGGAGCAGGUCUCCUUCCAUGAAGGUUGCUACCGAGUGUCCACACUGGUUUGGAUCAGACAAAGUAGUGAGAGCCGAACCAAUCUGUACCUGAAAAACAUCAGAUGGAAAACAAAGAAAGGCAUUUUUGAUGGUAAAAUCUUGAAAAAUGAAGGUAUAAUUUUAAAGCUACUGUGAGCAACAUUCUGAUUGUGUCAAUUUUGGCGCCCCCUGUUGAUGAAGUGGUGUCUCUGAUUUCUCUUGUUUUAUACACACGGGCAAAAUUAAUCUUGCUUUCUCUAUCAGCCAGAUGUAGAACAGUUGUUGUGGAUGGACUCGUUUGCUUUCGUUGUCAUUAGAGGCUUCUGUAUUAAUUUCUGUAUUUUUCAUUGCCAGGCAAAAUCUCUCCACAGGAGCUUUAAACAUCAUCAUCAGUCAAUUCAAUCAGUUAUUUAUCAUAGCUGAUCUCUUCCAGGUGUGUCUAGAUCUGGUCAGGCUCCUCCACUUCCUGUCCCGCUCUCCUCUGGGCUCUGUCGGUCUGCUCGACUUUCAGCCGCGGCAGUUUGUCACCGUGUCCGGCUCACUGAAGCUCACGGACCUGGAUGACGCCAGCGCUGAGGAGACCUUCUGUCACGCAGAUUCAGACUGCACACUCCAGUUUCCACACAGAAACUUCACUCUGCCGUGCUCUGCCAAGGGAGUGUGUGAGGGUCUGAGUGAGAAGAGGAACAUUUAUAACGCCUAUAGGUGAGAGAAAUGACAGUUUUACUACAUGAUGGACGUGUGAGGAAUGGAUGGAGCAGCCGCUGAAUGAUUGAUCCCUUAAAUACAGGCCAAACUGACGCAGUAAAUGUUAAAGAUUAGUUAAGACAUACAGCUGGAAAUUUGUUGGAGGAGGUGUGAUGAUUAAAUUGGUAGUUUCAGAGGGGAAAAGUCUUUUCUGUAGAAAUUCUGACAGCUUUAUGGUCUGUUUGUUUUAACACCAGAGUGAGACAAGUCAUGCUCUGCGGGAACUAUGUGACAGGGCCUGUCUUGUCUUUUCUGAAUGAGUUUUUUUUUUUCUGGCCCCAGGUAUUUUUUCACUUACCUGCUGCCUCACCAGGCCCCGCCCGGCCUCACACACCUGGUAGACCAGAUCAUGAACUCCACAGGUGAGAGAUGCCUUGACAUGACAGGACUCUGAUUGAAAACGAUCCCGUAAUUUUACUCCUGUAAUGACCUGCCUCUGUUAAUGAGCCUGACAAGAUGCUUGACAACAUGUCACAUAGUAAUGGAUACGAUUUGUAACCUGUCCGGAUCAAACAGCUGAGCUCAGAUUAAACCAAAGAGAUUAAGGAAGAAACAAAACAAAUCAUCCCUACUGGAUGACAGUGAUUUAACGUUUCAGUCAGUUAGAUCUGUUUCAAGAUUUAAUGUAUUGUGUGCGUCCAGGGGAGCUGAAAGCUGACAUCAAUCAAACGCUGGAAGCCUUUGAACACAUCCUCCACCUCUACAAGUCUGGCCUGCACCUGGACAACCUGCCUCCAUCAAUAAUCAGAGGUACGAGCUCAAGCCAUGAAUGCUGCUUUUUAUCAAAUACAGUGGGCCCUCUUGUAGACCCCUUUUUUUUUCUCAUGUAGAAUGCUUGGCCCUUUUCUGAUCCCCUUUUAGAGUAAACUCACAAAGUCCUGGGCUCUGUUUUCAUUUUGUAUCUUUAAGAAAAUUAAGGGGGGUGUCUCUCCCGCUUCAGCUGUUUUGACAGGUUUAUUAGGCAGCUGGAAUGAGAGGACAAGACCAACAAAGUGGGAUUAAUCUGGCAUGUCUCUGGCUCAGAGAGCACAGUCGGCGUUCAUUUAGAAAAACAGUGCUGUGAUUACAUGAAGUUAUUCUUGACAUGGGAAAUGUUCUGUUUGGUUAUUUUGCCUUUCAGAGUAGCCAUGCAGAAAAUUUUAUUCAAACUUGUCCGACUUCUGCAUUUGUUUGUUAAAAAACUGAAUCCUACUUUAUUUUCGUUUCCCACAAACUUUACGUUUUGUAUUUCUAGGUAACUUUUUAUUCCACACUUUUAAGCCCUGAAAGUCCUUCACUUUUCUUCUCUUCAGCUCACCUCCCUGCAGUCCACCGCUCUCCGCUUACCCCUCCCGCCAUUCCCCUCAGCUCUAUGAAAUAUUAAUAACAGUAUGACUGGCUGCGUUCCUGUGGUGAGAUUUUCCGUCCCCCAGAUGCUGGACUGUUUAUAUAGCAGCGCUUUGUGAAUUUAAUCACAGAUCCAGGGUAAAGAGGCCUGGGCGCUGGGGCUGACACCAGCAGGGAAUGUUUUAGCUUAACAAGGAGGUGCCAUGAGUCAACCCUGCUGCUGCUGCUGCUGCUGCUGCUGAGUGUGUGUGUGUGUAUGCAUGUGUGUGUGUGAUAAGACCCAAAAAUGUGUGUGUAAUUUCACAACAUUGUGAGUUUAUUGGGUGGGUUCAGAUUUUGUGCAGGGAAAAGCCUUAUUAUGUUCCAGUUUUUAAUCUUGGCUCAGCUCAGUUUACUUCACGUUUUAUUUCGACACAUUUGCAUCAACAUUGUUGGCCUCUUGAAAGUUGGAAAAAAAAAUAUCUCUACAAUUUGCACUGUCAGAGGAAAAAAAGCUCCAGCUAGCAUCAUUAUUUAUCAGAGGGUGGAAAAGAGGCGAACACCAAACGUGGCUCAAUUAAAAACACCUCUAAAAAUAAUGUUGCCACCAUGUCUUUUCAUUGAGGAGAUCUCCGUAUGUUGACAUCUAGCUACUUAAGUCGUUACGAGUAAAGAUAUAAUCCAGCAAAUGACCCUAGAAAACUGAAAUGUAAUUUUUAUACUACACACAGCCCAGUUUAUUUUUCUCUUUACUCAUUUUUUAGCUAAUAAAUGAAGGUUAGCUUAAAGGUUGACUUUUUCUUUGAAUCAGAAACAAGUAAAAUCCAAAGGGGGAAAAAAAACACAAUAAAUGAAAGUUUUGGUGUUUGGAAACACAUGAACUCAUUAAUUCCUUUCACUAAAAACCAAAGAAAAAACACGUUUUGCAGCCAAAAACACAAAUAAGCUUCAUAAAAGAAACCAACACAGCUUCAAUACAAUUUCUGUGUUAUGACGCAAGUGUGUUGGUGUGUUAUAAAGAAACCCAUCGGGUUUUGAGUCUUAAUUUAAAAUUGCUGACAGAUGGAGAUUUAUUGGUAAUGUGGAUUUAAUUUCAGCGCUGAUGAGAUCAUUUCUUAAUUUGAUUGAGGGGACCAGAAUCAGGAAAAAUAGAGCUUCUGAUCGGCGUUGCUGCAAGUGUUGAUUUGAAUGUGUCCUGAAAGGUGAAGAGUGAGUUUGUGAAGGUCUUUAGUGCUGUUAUAAAUAUGUUUGAUACUCUUCAUAUUAUUAUAAAUGAGGAUGUUUCCCCAGCAUUCAUCUUAAACACACAGAGCUUAUAGUCAUAUAUCCCUGUCUCCUCAACAGCUGAGGCCCAGCUCCCCGACAUGCCUCAUUUUUUCUCCCCCGAGAAGGAUCCUCAGAACACUCCUUCUCCUUGUUCCCUUCUCUCAGACCCAGAAGGCAGAUCCUCGUGUCUUUUUCCUCCUAACAAUACCCCCACACACACACCGGCUCCUGCCAUUCAGAAAGGUUAACAGUUUGAAACAGUGCGCCUCCUCUGUACAGACCCACAGACGGGCUUUUGUCCUGUUCUGAUGAGUGAGUGUGUGUGUGUUUAUGUGUGUGUGCCGGCCACAUGUGUGCAUGCUCCUUUCUCAUGGCUCCUGCUAAUGUGUAGCAGAUGAUUUAAGGCCAGAUCCACAAGACGUCUGACUGAAAGGGCCGUAAUGAUGAAUGUAACGCAAAUGUUGGGCAGGAGGGAGGAGAAGUGAUUUUUAAAGCAGAGCUACAGUUUGUGAGGGAAAGCUGAGAGUGGUGUAAGGAUAAGAUGGUCUUUUUUACAGAGGUACAAAGUUCUGGGUAAGGGAAGACUUAAAAGGCGGUAAAUAGGAAAGAUAAAAGUUGGUUAUUUCAUGAAUAAACAAGUACAAAGAAAAUAGUUUGUAGUGAUCUGCUAGAUGUUGAAUGUUUGAGUAAUUUUCCAGCAUGUUGUGGCAAUAACCUGCUUUGCUUUUGAGAUUAAGAGAUAAGAUUUGUGAGCAGGGGCGCCAUCUGAGGGAGAAAACUUAUGAAGAUGACUAACAGGGGCACUAAAAUAAAUCAAAACAACUGCUGUGGUGAAGCAGUGGGUCACAUUUUUUUCCAUGGGGGCCAAUAUCCCUGUUAGCACCGCUUUAUAUACGAAGCCUUUCUAGGUUCUGUAAAAAUUGGUAGAUUUAUUGAUAACUCGUGAUUAAAUAGUGAACUCAAUUUAAAUGGCAGGAUAUCCUCUUUUUUAUGUCUUGAUGUUUGGAAAGUUGCGAAACAAUAUUUUUGCACCCUUUUUGCAAAGUUUAAGUAAUGGGGAUCGGUUGAAGUCGGUCAAAAUCUUUCUUAUUUAGUUUCCUUUCAAUGCUUCAUGGUAUCUUGUUCCCUCUGAGCGAUCUUUAUACUUUGUGUCUGUGUCUGUAUUCUCAUGUAUUAAAGUUGCAUCUCCUCUUUCCAUGUUAGAUUACACCACGAUGCGAGGUAUGGGGACCUCUGGAAAUGUGGAGUACCGCUGCUGGCCAUCUUACAGCCAGCAGGGCUGCGUGCUGUCGGUCCACAGCGCAGAGGAGGCAGCGUAUAUCUGUAACUCUCAUUCUCAGUGCAACAGCUUCACUUUGAGCGGACAGAAGACAUGGACCGGUCAGUAAAGAUUCUGAUACUUUACUUUGAACCUUUCUUUACCUCGAUCGAGAUUGUAAUUCUUAAUAGCAUUUUUAUUUCUCCCACUUUGCCCAGAUUCUGAAAAUCAAAGCACAUAUACAGGAAAGUCUAAAUAAUAAGCACAUGUAAUUACCCAAUAAAUCACAUCUGUCACAUGACAAGGAAGUAGAGUAAACACACUCUGCCGCUACCGCUUUAAUCUUGACUCAGGGCUUUUUACAUGAUGGAAUGUAUACAAUUAUUAAGGAUUUCCUGUCAAAACUUGUUCUUUAUUCAUGUUCCAGAUGUGUUUAACAUGGCUUUUUUCCCUUCUUUUUUCUUUCUUUCCAGGUCGCCUCCUGGCCUCUUUCAGGAACAGCUUCAGUCAUCUGGUGCCUGAUGAGAUGUCCAAGGUGUAUGUGAAGAAAACCAAAGCUCCUGAAAUUUAAGUGUGACACCAAGGAACAUUCAGUGCAAUUCAAUGCUACUGUGAGGCAGCACAAGAGGUUAUGCUUUAGAUGAGAACUAUGUCCUCAUCACGAAUAUGUCGGACGCCGCCCGGCUCCGUGGAUUUUCAGGAGGAGCGUAAGAAGCCGCGCUGGCGAGGAGGCGUUUGAAGUGAGGCGAGUGAAUGUGAUGUAUUUAUAGGGCUUCUGCUUAGUGACUGUUUGAUGUGCCUGCCAGCCCACUGCCUCUGCCAGCUACUAUUUAAAGGGAUUUCCCUUCAGGUACAAUUAAAGAGGCAGGGGAGGUGGGUGGGGGGUGGCUUGUGCCCUCAACAUGUUUUUUUUUUCUACCUUGCCUUUAUUUGCCAUGUGUGUUGGCUUUCCCUGUGAGGCCGGGUCCCUGUUGUAGGAUCUUUAAGCCAAAGAGGUAAUAAGAACAGCCGCUGCAGCCCAGCAUCUGAAGCCCGAGGACGAGAAAAGAAAACAAGCUCUUAUACAAAUACACUUUGAUGUUCUUGUGCUGAGGUUACGGCUGUUUUUUCAUGGUUCCCUAGCUUAGCUGGGCUGUGGUAUGAGAUGGCAACAACCAUGUAAGCAUCUACACAUCUACAAGCGAAGAUUCAAAUCAUUCCAGAGAAGUCUAUGGAUGCGUAGCUUCUUUAGUUAACUUAGUUGAUAGUGCUUAGUUUGUCAUUAUUUAUGUGAUUGAAUGUAAUUGUCUUUACAUGAAUGUGCAUUUUAGCUUUCAUGCACCUUGUAGGUGAAAUUUUUAUUUUCAAUGAAAAAUUGUUCACUUCAGUGUUUUUAUACUCCACUUAUUGUAAUUGUACAGUUUUUCAAUUUGUAAUUAUACAAACGCAUUGUUUCUACAUUUUUGCCGUACUUGUGUUUUUAUUGAAUUAAGCUGAUCUAUAAGAGUCUGUUUGUUUCUCAUUAGCACCUUCAUUUGUGUGUCUGUGAGUGUGUCAGUGGGGGAGGUGAAACUUGCAUGUGUAUACUGACCUGGUUUUGUGUGUGUUUUAGGUCCUUUAUCUUGCUCGCGUGCCCCCACACCUACUAUCUGAAUCCCAUCUGAAUGGGUGAGACUGCAAACCCACAGAGCUCCGCAAAGUUUGCACAAUACCAGAGGAAUGCAUUCAAAUGCCUCGUCAUGCUGAGCUCAUUAUGAGCCUUAAUUAAUACAUGCAAAUGAGCUUACUUACUGGGCCUUUUUCAUGGUGACGGGGGGGCAUUACUGUAAGACAAAGGCAGUCAUGAGGACAAUCGGAGCUCAAUCUGUGGUUUGCACACGAAUGGGCUUGCCAUCUGUGCCUGCCAGGAGGAGCAGGGUGAGAUUGAGAUAAGGGCAGGACUGCAGGGUGGCAGGCUGAAGGAUUUGUAAAGUCAGGACUUGUAGCAGCCACAGAGUCUUUGCUGGGGGAGAGGAGCAGACUAAAUACCAGUUCUGAUGAGGGCCACAGACUUUGAGAACAGAUCACCCCCCCCACUCCUCAGCUAGAUCCUGCUGCUGUGACAAAGCAAUUGGUUUUUAGUUUUAACUCCAAUAAAAUUAUUUUUAGAAAAUAAGAAUCCCAAGGCGAAUUCGCUAUGAUUUUUAUAAUCACAAAACAUCUAAGAGGGAAAAUUUUAAAAAAAAAUUAAAAAAUUAAAAAAAAAAUUAAAAAAUUCUUUAAAUUAAAAACAAAAGUGAAAAGAGGAAUCUGGAUUUGUUCCAUUUUUGUUUCGAUCCCUUUAUAUCUCUUAAUCUUUUGUCCUAUUCAGUCACUACCUCUGACAUGAAAGGACAUGUCCUGUCCACAAAUUACACUUUUAUGGCUCAGACUCAAAAAGGCCUGAGGGGCUUCUCUGCCUCAUGUUGGCCCCUUGUAGUCUGGACAAUGCUGCCUGAUUGGAGUCUGAUUAUGGAGAUAAGGAGUCUGAGUUAGAUGAGAUAAAACCGAACCAACAAACUCGACCAACACAGCAGGAAGGACUGGGGGAACUGGUUGUUUGGUGGAGUAGCACAGAAACCGGGUAGUAGGGUAAGUUUUCAUGGGAAGUUCGUGGUUUUGUAAUGGUUUAGACUAGCAGGAUAAACUAUUGUGAGCUUGGAGGUGCUAGCAGAUGGAUUUUGUUUUGCUGGCUGUUUCCAAACUGUUUCAAGUCAACAUGUCAAGCAAAGCUAGCUGACUGCUGGUAGUCUCGUGUUUCCUAUACAAAAGCACGAGUGGCACAUUUGGUCUUAUCCUACUCACUGUAAGAAAGCAAAUCAUUUAAUUUCAUUAAAUCCCUGACCGUCUCUUUGGACUGCUUUGUUUUUCCAGUAUGAGACAGACAUAAACAGUCAUAUUACAGGAAUUUGGAAAAGCCACAGAAGAAGUCAGCUGACUCUUGCACAGCACAACUUCUGAAGCACAAAUUCUCCAUACUGAUGAUACACAGCUCUUUCCCCUUGGAUAUCCUCCAAUAAUGAGCUUUAAUUUAUUGAAACGUACAGCUGUGGUUCAUCUCCCUCCAUGUCGGCUCGGAGGGAAAAAAAAGCCCUGGCGUCUGGCUUGUUUGUCUCUAAACUCCCUUUGACUGAGCUAAUGGAAGUUCUGGCUUCAUCUGGAGAUUGCACAUCGUGUUGUUUGAGGCUUAAAUGUUUUGAAACAUCACAAAAACGAAAGGAUGAUGGAUUCAUUUAGUUAUUCGGUUGAAUCCGGUGUACAUUUGAAGCACAACAAUGAGUCUUUCUAUACACUCCUGCGGAUGAAUCAGCGCUCUGCGGUUGUUCCAGCGGAGGUCUUCACAGCACAGUUUUUGUAUUCUCAGUUGAGUCUGAAAGUAUUCCUUUUCUUUCCCCAGACUUUGUUUAUUUAGCUGGGAAUAUGUGUGGAGGUCUGAAGGCAGAGCUGCUCUAGGCUUCUCUGUUUGUUUUGUUAUCAAAGUCAUUUUUUGUUUAGGGAUGUUUUCUUAUGUGCAGAGAGGUGAAAUAUUUAAAAGAUCAUGUAGUAUGGCUGUCCACAUGUUCCUGUGGGGCACACGGUUUCCCUGUUUUUAACCGUGUAAUUGACAAGUUAGUCUUUUCUAAAGGUUCAGGGAGUGAGCGGGGGAGGAGAAAGAUUGUUGUUUUUACUCAGCUCCAUACCCCUCCAUACUGUUUUUUUAAGUUUCCAGUUUCACCCGACUGGUUUCCGUCGGGUUUUAUUCAUGACCUCCAUCUGGAAAUAAUACAUGUUCAUGAAAACAAGCCAUCAGCAAUUUUAGGGAAGAGUUGUGUGCAUGUGCAUAUGUGGAGGAGGACUUUAAGGCCUCUUCUGUAGGGUUCAGUCCUCACCAAUGAAACAGUGUUAGUGCAGUGAGAGAGACUUGUUUCCAAGAACCAAACCUUCACUGCCUCUCUUAAAACCCUGCUGCAAUGCAUUUGUGGUCUGGCUUAAGUCUUUGAUUCGAAUGCAAAGUUACUCAUCAAGUGUAUGAAACCGCAGCUGCUGGGAGAAAUUACGUGUCAGUCAGGUCUUUGGCAAACUGUUUGACCUUGGCUCAGCCUAAAAAUAUGCAUUAACUCAGUGAAAGCCUGCAUAGUUCUGCAGGAAAGAAGAUCUGGCUUGUGUUUGAGCCGCUCACAGGAACGUAUGCGGCCUGUGACGGGAGAGAUAGAGCAGAUAUUCACCCGACUGCAGGCUCACAGAACACCUCUGUGCCUGUCUGCAGUCUUGGCUGCGGUACACAGGAGACUGGCCGGUCACACCUGAGAGCCUCUGAAGAGUAGCCAGACAUUUAGCCGGCCUGUCCCAGCACACAGGCCUCUUAGUUUGCACGGUGCUGUCUGUAUAUCUAACUGUCUAACUAACUAUUUGUCUGUCUGCCUGGAGCCGAUACAAUCUCUUUUAGAGCCAUAAUGGCUUUAACAGGCCCCGAAGCAGGGAGCAAGUAGGUGUGUGUGAGGAGAGGUUUUCAUUUCUGCCUGUCUGUGUUGUGGGGUGGGGUGGGGGCUGGAUCAUGUUUUAAAAGCCCUGAAGUUAACCCCAGUCAAAAGGUUUAUGCCCACCACUAAAGCCACAGAGGCAUCUUGAAAGGUGUAAUAGCUCAGUUUUGUAUCCAGUGACUUCUUUGUAGACCCACUGCAAAGUUUCCUGGCACACGGACGAAGUUAUUUCUACGGUGCUGCCAGAAAAUGGAGCAAAAAAAAAAAAAAGAUCUGAUUCAGAGCCAACUUUUUAACAAAACCCUGAGUUAUUAUUUGAAAGGAAUGAGCACUAAUAAUAGGAUGUAUGUAAAAAACUAUGGGAAAUGUUUGCUCUUUUGCUGAGAAUUCAAUGAGAAGAGAAAAGCAGCCAUGUCUUUAAAGAUAAAUGAAGCGACAUCGAUUAGCUGAGCCUGGCACCAAGAUGGGGAAACACAGGUGAUUAAGUUACUGACUAAGUAAAUAUUGCCUAUGUCCUUCUCUGAGACUCAGUGCACCUCUGAACGAGGUCAAUUUUCACUUUAAUCCUGUGCUUCUGCAGUCGCCUAAAUCCUUUGCUAAAGCUAGCUAGUUAGCCUUGGUCAGUGUAAUGUAGCUGCUUUGGCUCUGCUUAUAGGUGACUGUUUUUGUCUAGGUUGCUGUUCCAACCACAGCAGAAUGAUAAAUGUUCAUUUCCACAUGAUUAAACAUUAAAACAGUUUUAAAAAUCUGUUAGCAGCUAGCUAGUGUAGCUUAGCCGAGCAUAAGGAUUGGGAAAUGGGGAAGCAGCUUUCAAUCUUCAUUUAAAACCUGCUGUUUGGCUUGCUCUGGUGUUACUGUAAAACCUUUUUCUUAGUUAUGAGAUCCCCACAUGUUCUCCCUCCCUCUGAGCCACAGCAGCAGUCUGGGUCCUUUUUUCUUUUGAAGCUUCCUCUCUCUCCACCUCUCCUCCUCACACAUCCAUCCAUCAUAUAGACUCUCUGGGACGUCCUUUCACCCCACCCGUCUCAUGCUGCUGCCACCCUCCCUCUCUAUGUCUGUAACACUCCUUCAGGUCAGUGCCCCCUCUUUAGCUGUACUAUUAAUUUAGGCCUCCGUCGCUGCAGUUAAACUCUUCCUCUGGAUACAUGACUUCACCCCUCCAUCAGUGUCCUCCCCCAUCACUCUUCUUCCAAAUGCUCCCUUUUUCUUCCAAGUCAUGGCAAACAACUGCUGGGGAAGCAUCUGGAGUUUCCCCACGUCUUUCAACCGGCUGAGACCUGAGGGCAGGGACUGGGGUUUGUGUGUGUCUGUGUGUGUGUGUGUGUGUGAGAGAGUGUGUGUUUGUGUGUGUGCCACAAGCUAAAACUGCUGUUCAAAUCAAAGUGCCUGCCUUUUGUUGUGUGCUCUGGAAUCCCCUCCGUCACACCUCGGCCAUUUCUCAGCGGGGGGAACUACUUACCGCCCCCCACCAGUGGAAGACUUCCUUCUUUACAGUUAAUCCUCUACCAGACCCUUCCUCCCCCUCUCCUGUGAGCCACAAAAUUACACACAAAUUUGCCAUUUUUGUGCAAUUGAGACUCUUAAUUUAACAAUGUUUUCCUUGGAUUUAAUUGAACAUCAGUUUUAGCCACUUCAGAGUCAAUUUUAGUGAUACAGAGGACAAUAUUCUCUAAAGAUCCUUUAAGAAAAACAUCGCAAAAACAUAAACCAUAUAGCCAAGUUUAAAUUGGGAAUCAGACCUCAAAGUCUGUUAGCUUUUCUCUCUUCUGUGUAACAAUGAAGUGCAGCUUCUCUUGUGCAGGUUGUUAAACCUGUAGAGAGCUGUGAAGAGAGCUCUCUGCCACAAGUCCCCAAUUAGGGUUCUGCCCACACGGCUAUAAAACAGUUAGUGGAUUCAUUCAGAGGCUGUUACGUUUAACACUAUUAAGAGUUCAUUAGUACCUGCAUAUACGAGUGCUGCUGCCAUGGUAGGAUCAUUAACACAGAGCUGUUAAAGCAGACGAGGGGCCUUUCAUAUUAAUUGAGCUGCAUUUUGGCAAUCACCUGUAGUCCCCAAUCAGAAAUGUAUCAUAAUUCUUUAUUAACACACACGCUUAGUUUUAUACUCAUGCUCUGACAGGGAGGUACUGACAUUAAAACAAUGUGGCUUUAAUAACAGGUUUUAUCUGGAGGGUGUAGAGUGCCAUCUUAUUUUUAUACAUUAGCAAAGAAGUGAAAGAUAUUAAGUUAACGGAACUUUCACCUUUAAACAAAAACAAGUGUAAAUCUUUAAAAUCGGUAAGUUGUUAAUCAGUUUAACUCUUUUUAGCUCGUCUGUUUAAAGCAUGUUUUACCUGAUUAAAUUCAUUAUAAAAAAAGACCAAUGAAAAAGACUGAAGAGAUGGGCAAACCUGCAACCCCCAAAAAGACAGAAAGGAAAAGAAAACAUGUUGAAAAGAGAGAGUGGUGUGAAGACAAUGAGUGAUUAAGAGAGAGAGAAACUGAAGAGAAGCAGCAGAUGAUGUCCACUUUGUUAUAGAUCGUUUGACAGGAAAUUAAAAUGACCAAAAAAAUACAAAUACUGAACAGAAAUAAUCCUCAUAAUCUCUACUGUUUGUCCUGAUAUCUAAAAUUAUGAAUAACUAUGGAUGAAUAAUUAAAGCAAACAGUGAAGGGUAAUGAAAACAAACUUGAAGAGCAUAUACAUGUUUAAGAAAAAUAAGUAAAAUUGAUUAUUGUGGUGCGUCAUUGGCCUAAAGGUUUACAUGUGUGCCCCAUGUACAGAGGCAUUAGCUUUUAAUGUUGGCCAUGGUCAUGAGUUGCAUGUCUUCCCCCACUCUCUGGACCCCACAUCUCCUCUCUUACUUCAGCAGAUUAAAAACUGGACUGUUACUGGUCAGCUGAUUGCAAAUACAGGGUCUGAUUGGUCAAUAAAACAGAGAUAGCACCCUCUGUCUUGCAGAGUUAGCGAACAACAAAAGUGACCAUAUUUAAAAAUCAUACAUAAAUCAUCACAAAUUAGCUUUGUUUUUGAGGAAUUGGAUCUGAGCAGACUCUAAAAAUACACAUAUCUUUUCUGUGAGAUAGAAAAAACUUUGAACAUUUUAGAAAAGCAGAGAGUGCAUCACCAGAAAACCAGCAAUUCCUCAAAGUUAAAGCAUUUGCAUUAAGUUGAUAUACCAUACUGUCACGUUUAAGAGCUGAUAUUGCACACACAACAUUAUGUGGUCUACCAGAGGGUCAACCCCAUUUAUUGCUCAACCCAAAUCGUACAACGAUCACACUUUACUCAGAUCCAUUUGGUCAACGGGAGUAGGUUCUUGUUGAACUCCUUUUGACUCUUCAUCAUAAAGUACUGUGGUUAAGGGGUGCCGGUUUGGCCUGCCUGGUUGAGCAGAUUCCCCCCGAACAGUGAGAUUGUCCCCUUUUGAUUGGUGUCCCAUUCCAACAUGAUCGGCAGGAUGUCAUCCCUCAUGACUUCCUCUUAUUUCCUCUUUCUCUCUCUUUCUCUGUGUGUCCAAUCUAACUAGGGAAAAAUUCAAAAAAUUAAAUAUUUUGAAGAAGUUGUCAGGUUUAGUAAAUACAGUAGGAGAAGAGACUCUGUUUGGCCCUUUUUGUACACUUCGUGGAUGGUACCAGUCAGUUAAAGCCACAUGUACUUAAAAAGAAACCACAAAUGGUCUCUCUCCAUCUGGUCUCAGAGCACCUCAUUACCGUUCCUGCUACCACUUUGAUGUGCUUGUGAUAAUAAGCAGCACUGUGCAGACACUUUAUCUGAUUUAUCAAAGCAGAGUAACAUGGUUGACCACUUACCACUGUGAACAGAUUUACUUCUGGCAUAAUUGGAUGCUUUUUAAAAUGAUCUAAUAAACAGACAUAGAUCAAAGUGUGUACAUGUAAGAAUAAACGAUCCUCUGGGUUUCUAUAAAAAUGAAACUAUCAUGUCCCGCAGGGGGGGAGCCAGUUUAACUCUGCUGGAAAAUCAGUCCUAUGUACGGAUGAAAAAGUCCUCAUUAUACUGAUCCUGUGGAUUGAUUGAUUCCUGAUCACAGCAUGUCAUUCUCCCUCUCUCUGUCUCUAUAAAGGCUACUAAAAUACAAAACAGAGAGAAGAAAUCUCAGGCUUACUCAGGCAAAGUAAAAAGACCGCCCUCAAACUUUAAGUUACAUUUAAUUCUCUUUUACAACCAUUUAAUGGCUCUUAAUUCAGCCGACUCUUGCUUUUCUGGACUCAGUACUUCAUUAAGAUAGCGAUUCAUUGGUUUGUUUGUUCUUAACACCCUCUAUUGUUGCAUGACAUGGCUGAUAAUUAGAGCCUGCCCCCUCACUUUGUGGAUUCAAACCAGGAUAAAUUCACUGUGAUGAAUCUGUCAGUAUACUUAAUUAUAUCAAAGUUUCAGCAUUAGCUGUUGGCAGAUAUCAAACGUCUCUUUUUGUGUGUGUCAACAGGCACAAUAUUACUCUUACUCAUACAGUUUCAUAACUAUAAUGAUAAGGCGAUUUGCUGCAGGUUAGAUUUCCAACUCUGGAGAUAAUUAUAGUGUUGCAAAGGUCUCAAAUAUGGUCUUAGACUUUCUUCUUCAGGCAGACUUAACCUAGUUUCUUGAGUGUUGGAAAAUGUUGCCUUGUCUAGAGCCAAUGCAAGAAUCCAAGCGUAGAAAAGUCAUAUUAAACUACUUUACAAUCUAAUUUAACAUCCUGUGGGCUCGGUUGUGGACUCUCUGGAGUAUAUUACCUCAGCUGAAGUAAUUUUCAUGUGAUCAUUAGUGAGUGAAAACAGACACGGAGGUGGAUGGUCCACUUUCUGUUUGCCAGAGCAAGAGAGAGGUCGAGAGGUCUUUGUAGGGUGAAGGUUUGGGUUUCGUUUGCUGAAGUGCCCUCAAGCUCUUUGGCAAACAAGAGCAAACAUCAAAGCUGGGCCUAGUGUGAAGGCCGGGGUGCUGUGUUAAAUUAAGGGGAGGUGGGGGGGCACUGACAGGUCUUAAAGACGGAUAACAGAGCAAGAAACCCUCUAACAUCUCAUCACCUGUGUUCACUGAAAAUAAUCUCAAGAUAACCCGGUCCUGGGUGUUCAAAAAAACCCUCACCUCUCUGACACUCGAACUACUGCUGGACAAGCUUAACAUGACCCCUCUCAGUCACAUGCCGGACCUUUCCCUCGUGAUAAUCCUCCUGAGUCAAGUGACAAAGGGUCAGCUGAGUAAGCUGAAAAGAAAUUGAGGAAUGGGGUUACAAAAAGGUUGGCUGUGAGCUUAAUCAAAGCUGAAGAACAUUGGUGAGCUCAAGUGGGCCAGUAAUCUGUAAAGAAUUAUGAAGUGCCUGGCGAGCAUUUUUCAUUGUCUGCUGUGUUAUAAAGCAA